UACAGUCUCAAUUUCAUUAUUUUUGCACAGGUUUUAACCGGCGGCUGACGAGGAACAUAACAUGAAUUACUUGCGACAGGGAAGGCAAUUUGCCACAAGCUGGUUGAGAUGGACGCAGAACGAUAGCAACGACACGGCUACUGGUGAAACAAAAGAUGGUAUUUUACAAGAACAUGACAACAAACCACCAGUAGCUUCUGCUGAUAUAACAAAGAAGACGCAAAUUCUUUCAGAAUCACAAAGACUACGCGAAGAUCACGAAACUUCAAAAUUUGAACAAGGAGACGACAUUGAUGCCAACGCAUUUGAAAAUAUAUUUAAAAAAGAUGAUGGAACGGGUGUAGAAGAUGAAACAUCGUCCGAUACAAUUGAUGUGAAAAAGAUUUGUUCUGAAUCAUCUGCACAUGUUUUAAACACUAGACUAGAUACAAACAAAACAAAACAUUUGGACAGUAAAGAGAACUCGUACUCGUGUAUUCCAGAAAAACUUAAUCUAAUAAAGGCAUCAUCAAGUGAAAUAACACUACGCUGGGAUGCACCACCAGCAGAUUACAACAUUAGCCAUUAUGAAAUAAGAUACAGAGAAUGUACAGAAAAAACCACAAGGUGGAUUUUUUUGGAGACAGGUGAUAACAAAACAAAUGCAAAGAUUAUUGAUUUAAAAGCUGGAGCAGAGUUUGAAGUCAAGGUUAGAGCAGUAGAUACAAAUGGGGAAGAAGGACCUUAUCAUCCUCCUAUAAAAGUGGCAACAAUAGAAUCUUUGGCAAAUAAAGUUCGUUUAUCCGCCACUCUACAUUCGGAAGGAUGUCCAUCUGUUUACCUCCUUCCAAUGAAGCAUGAGGAAAUGUUUGACAACAAAAAAGCGAAAGCCAGGAAAUAUGUAUUAGGCAAGGCUAAUGUAAGCUUGGUUCCCGAGAAAACAAUCUUGGUAAUUGGUGCCUCAAAAUCUGGGAAGAGUCUUACAAUUGAGGGUAUGGUAAAUUAUAUACUGGGUGUUUCCUGGAAUGAAGAUUACAGAUUCUCACUUGCACAAGAACUGUCUAGUGAAAUAAGCACUAAUACUGACGAUAAGACUGAAUGGAUCACGUGCAUAAGAGUAAAUCAUUCACUUGGCAGUCAAAUCGAUUAUAACAUAAACAUUAUCGAAAUACCGGGAUUUGGUAAUUUAGAGAUAGAUAAACAGAUUGUUUAUCGAAUUCAAGAGUAUUUUACAACAGAAGGCGAACAAGGUAUAGCAUGUUUGAAUGCUGUGUGUCUUGUCAUUCCUGCUUCGACGGCAUUAUCAACAGAACAGAAAUACAUUUUUGACGCAAUUUUCUCAAUAUUUGAUAAGAAAGUAGCGGAGAAUAUGUUGAUCUUGGCUACAUUCGGGGACGGCGAUGAGCCACAGGUUACAGAGGCAUUAAAUAUAGCACAUGUCCCCUACAAAAAGUGUCUUCAAGUGAACAAUGUUGCUUGGUUUGGGUCUAACAAGAGUAAAAAAUCUCCAAACGAAAUCUAUUGGGAUAUGAGCUGUGAAAGUUUAAAAACAUUUUUCUUAGAAAUCGAAAAAGCUGAAUCAAUAAGUCUCCUCUUAACACAAGUGGUUCUUAAAAAUCGAGAAAAAAUUGAAGCAAUGAUUCGGGGUCUUCUUCCUCAAAUUGAAGAAGGGACGAAUAAGUUAAAUACAUUACAAGAAGAAGUUCUCAUUCUAGAACGACAUAAAUCUGAUGUCGAGGAAUACAAAGAGUUUAAGUACAAAGUAACAGAAACACACCAGAGGAAAGUUGAUCUUGAAACAGGAAAAUAUGUCACAAAUUGUCUCCAAUGUAACAGAACAUGCCACUAUCCCUGUGCCAUACCUGAUGAUGACGACAAGGAAAACUGUGCUGCAAUGUGCGAAGGUAACUGCAUGGUUUGUCCUGGGAAAUGCCACUGGCAAAAACACAAAAAUAAUAGUUACCGAUUUGAAGUUUUCCCCAUUGAAGUCGAGAAAACAUAUGAAGAUAUUAAACAAAAGUAUCACGCUGCAAAAAAGAACGCAAAACAACAAAAAGUUGUUAUAGAAGAGGCAAAACAAGCAUUUAGUUUGUUAAAACAUGACGUUUCAAAAACUAUCCAAAAAGUAGCAGGGUUUAUCACUGAGUUGAACACGAUUGCUUUUAAACCCGAUCAUUUAGGCGUCGCUGAUUAUAUCGAUAUAGUCCUAGAAAACGAGAAAAAAGAGAAAAAACCUGGAUGGGAAAACAGAACAAAAAUUUACAGUAAAAUGAGAGAUGAGGCUCAGUUGAUGUCGAAUGUACAAGCCAAGAAUUUCCUGCCAUGGGACGAGCCGAGUUGUUAAAAAAGCAAUUUUUAAGUUUACUCUUUACACUUUUAUGCUUGAUCCAUGGUACAACAUGUACAAUGAACAUCCCUUAUUUCUGAAAAAAAAAACGCAAUGGAUAAUAGUCAAAUUUUAGCUUAAUGUAUAAAAUGUAUAUUAUAUUUAGCUGUAGAAAGCAUGAUAUUUAAAGAUAACAUGAAAUGUGUAAGAUCUAGUAAAUAAAAUUACGUCUUAAACGGCCAUUUCGAUCUGAACAUCAUCUGAAAAGUCUGAACCUAAACAAGUUCAGUUUUGUUAAGAGUUUCAGUUAUUUUGUAGAUAUGUUUUUGUAAUAGUUGUAAAUUAAGUACUGUUCUGACAUUUUGCUGGAAGUCAAUCCAAACUGUUCAGCUUUUUCGACAGUUCAGUAUAUUGUUGUUUUGUACACGUAAAUAUAAAAUACUAAACAUAGUCUGAACAGAUCUUAAUUAACUGCAAAUAUGUUUUCUGAAAAGAGCUGAAUGUACUGUAGUGAAUAAGUCUGGAAAUUGAUUGAAAAACUGAACAUUACUUUAGAAUUAAUAUAAUGUUUUUAUGAGCUAUUCAGAUUAAGAUGACCGUUUCAGAUCAAAAAUGGUUUAAUAAUUAUGUAUAGGGAAAGUAAAUGUAUUUGCCUUAAUAGAAGAUAGUAGUAUGAUGAAUCGCUCAUCUGGCAAAGAUAUGCCGUAUUGAUAUAUCAUUUUCAUCUGCUGUAGUUAAUAUUAAUAUACAAAAAUACAAAAUUUCGAGCAUCUUACAUGCGAUCAUUUUCAACCAAUCACAGAAAAGAUCGUCGAUCACACCCAUGCUGUUACCAUAUAUAUAUAGUUAAUCAUCGGAUUUUUACUUGGUUGAAUAACACGACAGGUGCCAUAUGUGGAGCAGUGACCGCAGCACCUGACUUCUACCCAAAUUUUUAUUGGAGUUCGUGUUGCUAAAUCUUCAGUUUUAUAUGUAAUGUUUUGUUAUUGUUGUUUGACACUUUGUUGGUUUAUUUUGUCAUGGUUUAGCCUAUUUUUAAUUGACAUAUAAUUUUCGAUUGCCCAAUAAACAUCAUCUAGUACUGAGAAAACGGUACGUCAAAUGGUUUUUUUUGUCUUUUUGUUGUUUUUUAGGUUAAGAUUGCAUGUAUGCAAUCAAAAACCUAAUGGGACUGGCUUGAUAAUUGUAUUUUCCAGACCUCAUCACUGCUUACAAAAAUAUGGUGCAUUGAGGUGAACAUUCUUUUCAUCCUAUCCUGUACAGUCAAUAUAUUCAUCAAUGAAAUACAUAAUCAGAUGUACAAAAUGAUUUGCAUGUGCAUAAUAAUUCUUGUCAGGAUUAAGUAAGUUAUGUUUUGUGCAAGAAUUUAUCUUGACUGAGAACAUUUUAAGUUUGAGGUAUCUUCCUUCGGCCAUUACCGUAGUUGAAUAAACUACAAUAAUGGACAAAGGAUACUAUCUCAAAUUAGAAAAAUGUCCCUUCCAAUGAUUCGUACAAUGCAAUGUUUAAUUUAAUGUUUACAUUGGUAAAUGCAUGUAACCUUUACUAUUCAAAAAUUAUAAACAAUUAUUUACGUAAUUGAAAAUCAAUGAUUGUAACAUUUUAUGCGACUCGCCCUCUGUAUUUAAACACAAUUCGUUAAUUUCUAAUGUGGCUAUCAAUAUGCUUGCUGGUAUUGUCACGCUUUUAAUCUGUGUAUUAAACUAUAGAUUGUGCAUUU